AUGAAUAGCGUGAAUUCCAAGCCGGUUGAAUUCCCAACAGCUUCACAUGAGAUCUCGGCGGUUUGGGGGCCUCGGGCCGUUGACAUCAUCCAUCUGGGCUCACCCUCAAAAAUCACCGCGGCCCGCUCUGUCUCACGCGAAUUCGAACUUAACACAUCCAUUCCAAUCUCUCUGAGAAUGACUGACAACAACCAGGGCUGCAAAAUCACUCUCUACUGGCUGGAGCAGUCGCGCAGCCACCGCAUCCUCUGGCUGCUGGAGGAGCUCCAGCUCAAAUAUGAGCUCAAGACUUUCAAGCGCCGCGCCGACAAACUUGCUCCGCCCGAGCUGAAGAAGGUCCACCCACUAGGCAAAUCGCCCGUCAUCACCAUCGAACCACCCGAAGCCUCCGCUCCUAUUGUGCUUGCCGAGUCGGGCGCAAUCGUGGAAUAUCUCUGCGACCACUUCGGUAGUGUGCGACCGACCCUUGUGCCCGAGCGGUAUGCGCCCGGUCGCGAAGGCAAGGUGGGUGGGGAGCGUGAGGAGUGGAUGCGGUACCGCUACUUCAUGCACUACGUGGAGGGCAGUCUGAUGCCAUUCCUGGUGAUGACGCUGGUCAAUGAUACGGUCCGCAACUCGCCUCCAUUCAUCGUGCGUCCGAUCACCAGCCUCGUUGCCUCGCAAGUCGAGUCCGCCUUUCUGACUCGAAACGUCGAGGGCAACCUUGCAUUCCUCGAAGACCAGCUCAAAACUGCUCCUGAAGGUGGGCCGUUCUUAUGCGGCAAGGAGCUGACGGCAGCGGACAUCCUCAUGAGCUUCCCAGUGAUUGCCGUUAGCUUGCGAGUACUAAAGGACAAGAAAAUGCAGGGCAAGUUCCCUCGCGUGCAGGAAUAUGCCAAGCGACUGGAAGAGCAGGAUGGCUACCAACAAGCCGUCACCCAGGUGGAACAAAUUGACGGGAAAUUCCAGGCGUCGAUGUGA